AUGGAAAAUCUUCCAUUUUGCUAAACACACAGUCGCUAAAUUUUAAAUUUUCUAAGGAGUGACAAUUCAGAAUUAAUUUGCGGUUCUUGCCUUCUGGAAUUAGUGAAAACAUAAAAGAAUUUUUAACCUCAUUAAAUCAUAGAUCUAGAAUAAUUACAUGAUCAUCCAGAGUAAGUCUUUUAAUUCACUAACAUACUCAAAUUCUUACCAAUAGAAGAAGCUUAGAUUAAUAAAUUUUUUGAAGAUUAAAAAAGAUAGUUGAAUGGAGUAAAAUAAAAAAUUGAAUAAUUGAUUAAUGAAUAUGAUUAGAUGAAACAAGAAUAUUUAGAAUAAUGGACAACUAAUUUUCGUAAUAUUAUUAAAUAUGAUGAAUUCUAAUCAAUUUUAUAGAAUCUUAAGAAUUUAAAUAGAAAUAGUUGGGCUGAGGCAAUCCAAUAGGCCCAAAAAUAAUUUCAAACUUACUUUGAUUAAAUAAGGGUAAUAGAUUUUGGAAUUAACUAAGCAGAACUUUUAAAUUUGCGAGAACUUAGCAAAUACAUGUAGAAUAAAUUACGUUCAAAUGGAUAAUAUUAAGAAAUGCUUAAUUUAUUAACAAAAGCAAAUGACAAUCAAAAUUUGUUUUUUUAAUUUGGAGAUUGCGAAUUUUUUUUUGAUUUGAUAAGAAUGAUUUAAGAUAAAGUUAAGAAAAUUUAAAAGCAUCUAAAACCAUUUUUCAAAGUUUGGAGAACGGACUAAAUUAUUCAUUAAUUAAAAACGCUGUUAUUGGAAAGGAAAAUUUGCUUUGGUACUUUAAAUCAUCGAACAAUAAUGGUUAGGUGUUUGGCGGAUUUACACCCUAUAAAUGGUAAAUAGGAUAUUCUGGUAGCCGUGAUUCAAAUCCUUCUUUUCUAUUUUCAUAAACUUUGA